AGCGCUAGUUUCGUUCCCGCUGGCUGGCUGGCUGGCUGGCUUGCUUUCACUUUCUACACUGCCGCACGCGACGAGCUUCCACGCCAGCGACACUCUUGUAUAUUAGGAACUGUUUGAAAAAACGAACGUUUAUAUUACUUCGCACAAAUAGUUACACAAGUAGUGUAGAGGAUGAAGAACAGCGAGGAGGAGUCGAGCAGCGUCUCGCCGGAUCCCGGGAGCUACGGAGUCGAGAGAAUCGAGGUCGUGCUCGACAACGCCGAUGGGGUCUUUAUGGGCGGACAGAGCAUCGCCGGCACCGUCGUUCUGCAGCUGGCCAAACCGAUCGAAGUUCUGGGACUUAGCAUCAGGUGCAAGGGCGAAGCUCGCGUUCACUUCACCGAUCGAUCGGUGGGCAUCCGUCGGAAAUUCGCUGCCGAGGAGAGCUACGUCCACCUGCAGUCUUAUCUCUUCGGCGAUGGCGAGACAAAGAGUCAGCUGGCCAGCGGUGUGUACCCGUUCAGUCUGGAGCUGCCGGAAAAGAUACCCUGCAGCUUCGAGGGCCUCUACGGAAGGAUCCGCUACUCCCUCAGGGCCAGUCUCGUCGUCGCCGAGGACGUGCUGCUGUCCAGCUCGAUUUUACCCUUCACGCUGGCCUCGCUCUUCGACCUCAACCGAGAUUCGCUGGCGCCGUUGCCCAUUAGCGAGACCCAGUCAAAGAGCUUCAUCGGUCAAAAGGAACCUUUGAGGAUGGAACUUGCGCUGCCUGUGCGUGGCUUCGUGCCUGGACAGAGCGUGCCCAUGGAUGUUACCCUCAAUAACGAGUCCAACGUCCGCGUUGCCAAGAUACGAAUCGUCCUCAAGAAGGUCGUUACGUACCACGCGUCGGACAAGUCAAGGAGGCACAAGGAGAUCGUGGUCGAGAUCGAGCUGCCGGUAUCGCGAGCUUGCAAGUCCGAGGAGCAUUUUCGCGAGGAGUUCGACGUUCCGUCCAUACCGCCGAGCGGCAUGGCCCACUGUAGCAUCAUCGACGUGCGCUACGCCCUCAAAGUCGAGGCCUGCGUCGACCUCGGCGAGUGGUACUAUCGGAUGCUGCAGAAGAAUCUCAAGAUCAGGACGAGCAUCAUCGUCGGGACCGUGCCUCUGAAGAAUUACGAGGACGUCGUCGAGCGCAAGGCUGCCAGUCCUACGGAUAACGGCUUCGAUACUCUCAUACCGAGCGACGAGCAGUACGAGCGCAGCCAGAUCUAUCGAUCCUCGAAGCCAGACAAGGACGAUCCAACCGGGGACGAAGGCGACAGCGACGGCGAGGUGUCGCCCUAUUCACCCAAGUACCGCGUCUACAAGUUCAACAAGUCAACGAAGAAGUAAUGCACAGCGUUGCACUACGUCAAAGGAGAAAAAAAGGCCGUUAAUAAUCGUUCGUAUGAAUUUGUACAAAGCCGUAUACGCUCAAGUAGUAAGAGUCGUGCUCGCGCGAGACUGACGAUAAAGUACAAGCUAUACAACACUUACACACUCCGUUGCAAACUUCUUUCCAAACUCGAAGCAUGAAUCCAAGCGACUGCGUUGUGCGUGUGUGAAAGACGCUCGCGCGCAACAAACUACUCGCGAAUCGUGAAUUACAAUUACCGCAGCACCGACACACGAUUCUCUCUCUCUCUCUCUCUCUCUCUCUCUCUCUCUCUCUCUCUCUCUCUCUCUCUCGCGCGCGCGCGCGCGGGGCAAAAUAAGUAAUUUACGGGCGUGCGCGCGGGCGAACUCGCCGGCCAUAAUUUUUAACUAUCGUAUAAGUGAAUAAAUAACGAUCGGCGCGUGCAAUAACCCGCGGCUCUGUAUAAUGCAUAUGCGCGCCGUCGAGCUGUGUAUAGCCUCAUUACGCGCGUGUGUGUGUGUAUGUGUACACGUGUAUAGGGGGAGAGAAGAAAAGAAUAAGGCUAUAUAAGCGCGAGAGCGAAGCCAGAGGCUUACGGCGACUUUGCGUGAUACUAUACGUAAUAUGUAUAUACUCGCGCACACGCGCGCGCGCGCACACACACAUGCGAAUGAUGUGGCCCGUAAAGAAGGAGCGACGUCGCGUGGGAUAUGAGCUUUGGCCAAACAUAUUCUCUCUACCUCUGCCGAUAUAGCUGAUUGCUGUGUAAACUGAAAGACUUCGCGUGGAGAUUCGCAGGGGUGGUAUGGUAAUGCGUUGUUGUUACAUAGCGAUGUGUGGGUGUGUAUAUUUUUGAAAAGAUCCUCGGAUAUGAGAUACACUCUAUAUAUUUUGUUUCGCAAUUGUUCCAAGCGAUAUCGUAGCUUUGUUAUUUAUAGCGUUCGCUUUAAUAAACUGUAUAUUGUUGUGAUAAA